AUACGAGGGUUGUUGAAUCCUAGAAACUUGCCGGAAAUUCAUUGUUAUUGUUUCUAUUAAUACCCAAUUAUCUCACAAGAAACCCACUUGUUAGUAUAUAUAUGUGUAAGAUCGUAUCACCAUAUCCAAUCAAGAAUCAUUGUUAAUUUCUCACACCUACGCUAUAUAUCUUUAAUUUCUUCUGCAAGUUCGGCAUGUUCGGCUUCAAGAACACGAUGAACCAAAGCAAACCCAUCUUCAUCUCUUGUUUUGUGAUCUUUGUGCUUCUUUUCUCGUUAAUAUCAGUCUCAGCUCAAGAAGUUGAGGAUGAGAGAGAGUUCGACUACGCAGGAGGUGGUGAGAAGGGACCAGGACACUGGGGAGAUCUCAAGGAAGAAUGGUCUACAUGUAAAAAAGGAAGUAUGCAAUCUCCCAUUGAUAUGAGUAGUGAAAGAGUGAAAGUGAUCCUCAAAUCAGGAGAUUUAAAGAGAAGCUACAAACCUUGUAAAGCUACUCUCAAGAAUCGAGGCCAUGAUAUUUCCCUGAAAUGGUUAGAUCACAGUGCCGGAACCGUGGAGAUGAACGGCACUGGUUACUUGCUGGAUCAAGCCCACUGGCACUCACCUUCCGAGCAUACCAUCAAUGGCCGGAGGUAUGACUUGGAGUUACACAUGGUUCAUACAAGCAUUGACCCCAACGUCACAAACAAGAUUACUGUCAUUGGACUCCUUUACAAGAUUGGUCCCCCAGAUCCUUUCCUCUCUAAGCUGAUCAACAAUAUAACGUCUAUGGCCGAUCAAUUGCAAGAGAGAGACAUGGGGAUGAUUCAUCCAUACGAAAUCAAGAUGGGUGGCAGAAAAUAUUAUAGAUACAUAGGUUCACUAACUGUUCCUCCUUGCACUGAGGGUGUAAAUUGGAUAAUCAACAAAUUGAUAAGAACUGUGUCAGAAGACCAAAUCAAGGCACUUCGAAUUGCAGUCCACGAUUAUGCGGAGAUGAAUGCAAGGCCAUUGCAGCCGAUCAAUCGUCGAGGAAUAGAAUUGUAUGGACCAAACCCUAUGGCUAACUAGCUAGGAACUAGGAAGAGAUUGCAGAGUUUUUCUUCUUUCCAACCACAUUUUGCUUCUAUGACUCUUCUUAUCUUAUAGAAAUAGAAUGGAACAAUGAGAAACAAGUACAUGGCAUUUUUUUUUUCUUCUUUUUUAAUUCCUUUGUUUCAACCACACACGCCAAACAUGAAAGAAUCUGGCUUAAUUAUA